AUGGCUAAAGUUGUUGAGAAAUAUGAGUGCUAUGAGUGCCAAAAAAGUUUUCCAAAAAAGUCAAGGCUAAUUCUUCAUUUUAGGAGUCACACCGGGGAGAAGCCAUUUAAAUGUUCAGAAUGUGACAAGUGCUUCUCACAAAGGUCUACUCUUACUCAACAUAUGAGGAUUCACACUGGAGAGAAAUCAUUUAAAUGUUCAGAAUGUCACAUGUGCUUCACACAAAAUUCUUGUCUUACUCAACAUAAGAGGACUCACACAGGAGAGAAACCUUUUAAAUGUCCAGAAUGUGACAAGAGCUUCUCACAAAGUUCUCAUCUUACUCGACAUAAGAUGAGUCACACCGGAGAUAAACCUUUCAAAUGUUCAGAAUGUGGCAAGUGCUUCUCAUCAAGUCAUAGUCUUAAUAAACACCAGAAGAGUCACAUUGAAGAGAAACCAUUUAGGUGUUUGGAAUGUUACAAAUGCUUCUCUCAGAAGUUUCGUCUUGCUAUACACCAAAAGACUCACACAGGAGAGAAGCCAUUUAAUUGUUCAGAAUGUGGCAGGUGUUUCUCACAAAGUUCUCAUCUUACUCUACAUAAGAGGAGUCACACAGAACAGAAACCAUUCAAAUGUUCAGAAUGUGACAUGUGCUUUUCACAGAGAUCUUCUCUUAGUCAACAUGGGAGGAUUCACACAGAAGAGAAACCAUUCAAAUGUUCAGAAUGUGACAAGUGCUUCUCAGCAAGUCCUAUUCUUAAUAAACACCAGAAUAUUAACAAAGGAGUGAAGCCAUUUAAAUGUUCAGAAUGUGGCAAGUGUUUCUCACAAAGUUCUCAUCUUGCUAAUCACCAGAGGAUCCACACAGGGGAACAACCCUAUAUUUGUCCAGAUUGUGGCAAGUGCUACUCAUGUAGUGCUAGUCUUUAUCGACAUCUCAAGACUCACACUGGAACAAAACCAUUUAAGUGUUCAGAAUGUGGCAAGUCCAUCUCACAAAGCCAUCAUUUUAUCAGGCAUCUCAGAAUUCAUACAGGAGAGAAACCAUUUAAAUGUUUAGAAUGUGGCAAGUGCUUCUCAGAAAGGCGUCGUCUUGUCGCACAUCACAGAACUCACACAGGAGAGAAACCAUUUAAAUGUUCAGAAUGUGGCAAGUGCUUCUCACAAAGGGGUAAUCUUGCCAAGCACCUGAAGAUUCACACAGGAGAGAAACCUUAUUAA